AUUGCUUAACGAAGAAAGAAGGCAAUUUUGCUAUUUGUUCACUUUCCUUGUCCUGCUUAACGUUUUGGGAUACCGUGGAUGUGAACCUGCCAAAUCGGGAACACACGGAAGCACCAGCGGCUCCAACUCAGGCUGCAGAAGAUGAUGAAGAAUCUUAUUCUACUUUUCCCCUUGUUCUUGGCUCCAGCCUUGGCUUAUAAAGAAGGCCAGAAAAUAAAAGAAAACUUUACUUCUUUAAACAAUACCAGUCAUAAACGACUUAAAAGAGACUGGAUAUGGAACCAAAUGCAUAUCAAAGAAGAGAUUGAUACCCCAUUACCACACCAUGUUGGAAAGAUCAUGUCAAGUGUAAGGAACAGCAACGCUAAGUAUAUUCUUGAGGGUGAAUAUGCCAACAUCAUCUUCCAAGUGGAGGAAGACAGUGGUGAUGUAUAUGCAUUUGAGAGGCUAGACAGAGAAAAAAAGGCAGAGUAUGAGCUGACAGCUCUCAUUAUCGACAAGAGAAACAACCAGUCACUGGAAGCCCCAUCUAAAUUCAUUAUCAAGGUUUACGACAUUAACGACAACGCCCCGGUGUUUGUACAAAAGGUAUUCAAUGGCUCUGUCCCAGAAAUGUCACCAGUAGGAACCUCGGUCACCAAAGUGACAGCUGUAGAUGCUGAUGACCCAACAGUGACAGGACAUGCCACGGUUACCUACCAAGUCAUUAAGGGAGACGAAUAUUUCACAAUCGAUGACUCUGGUGUGAUUUUUACAACCAGGGCUGAUUUGGACAGAGAGAAUCAAUCAACAUAUGAAAUUAUUGUUAAAGCAAAAGAUGGCCCAGGCUUUUCUGGGGAUUCGAGCACUGCUACGGUCAUUAUCACUCUAAGCGACAUCAACGACAACUUCCCAGUAUUCAAGCACCCAUCGUUUCACUUCAAAGUUCCUGAAAACGUUUCAGUAGGAGGAGAGGUUGGCAGAGUCAAAGUGGAAGACAUUGAUGAACCACAACAUCGAAAUACAAAAUACAGUUUUGUCAGAGGAAAUUACAGGGACACCUUUGAAAUUGUAGCAAAUCCGUUCACAAACGAAGGAAUCAUUAGGCCAAAGAAGCCCCUGGACUUCGAAAAAGUUGCUGAAUACAGGUUUGACAUCGAAGCAACAGAUCCCACAGUUGAUCUCCGCUAUUUUAAAUCUGGUGGUUCUAGGAGCAUCUCAACAGUUACCAUUGAAGUUAUCGAUGUUGACGAGCCUCCUGUCUUCACUAAACUGCCAUAUAAAUUUAAAGUGAGGGAAAAUGAUCCAGAAAAGCGAACACUUGGAUCGGUUUGGGCACAUGAUCCUGAUGCAGCUAAACGGAAAAUCAGAUAUAGUCGCCGAAGAGCCAGUCCUAAUGGAGACUACAUUAGAGUAUCUGAUACUGGAAUUAUCCAGAUUCCUAAACCUCUGGACAGAGAAUUCAGUGCCUCCUACAACAUAACAGUAGCAGCUCAGGAAGUCCUUGAAGAUGGCAGGCUUUCUGACAGAGAAUCACACGCUCAAGUCCACGUCACCGUUAUUGAUGUAAAUGAUAAUGCUCCAGAGCUCGUUUAUCUUGAGGAACCGCGAGUGUGUGAGAAUGCUGUACCAGGAAAGGUAAUUGUUAGGAUUUCAGCCACCGACAAGGAUGAAGUUUCACCUGCAGGUUUCUUCAGAUACUCCCUGGCCACACAAGACAGCAACUUCUCUCUGAUCGAGAACUACGAUAACACAGCGAAUAUCACUGUCAAGUAUGGGCAGUUUAAUCGUGAACUUGCAAAACUCCACUACCUGCCUGUCAUCAUCUCAGACAACGGCGAUCCUGACCUCAGCAGCACCAACACGUUGGUCAUCAGUGUCUGCAAGUGCAAUGAAAAAGGGAACUUCACUUUCUGUGAGGAAAGAGCUACACAAGUCGGAGUUAGUGUUCAAGCACUGGUAGCAAUUUUCGCCUGCAUCAUCACAAUCAUUAUAAUUGUAUUGCUAAUUCUGCUAAGAAAGAGACACAAGAAGGACUUGAGCGGCCUCGGAAGGAACGUGGCAGAGAUCCACGAGCAGCUUGUCACCUACGAUGAAGAAGGUGGUGGUGAAAUGGACACCACGAGCUAUGAUGUGUCUGUACUCAACUCUGUCCGCAAGAAUGGUAUAAAGCCAGAAGCAGUGCCCUCUCCAUAUGCACAGAUUCAAAAACCUCCCGAAAAUGUAACUUCUGGUGCUGGAGAAAUGGAAAUUAUGAUUGAAGUUAAGAAGGAUGAGGCUGACAAUGACAGGGAUUUGCUGCCCUAUGACACGCUCCACAUCUACGGCUACGAAGGUGCUGAGUCCAUCGCAGAGUCUCUCAGUUCUUUGGAAUCGGGCUCUUCAGAUUCAGAUAUUGAUUAUGACUUUCUAAAUGACUGGGGACCAAGGUUUAAAAUGUUAGCUGAGCUUUAUGGGUCAGAACCAAAUGAAGAUUUUGUGUACUGAAUUCAAAUUAGCCAUCUUCUAAUUAGCCAGUUUUCUCCUACCUGCUACAGAUAGACAUCAAGAGCCUUCCAAAGGCCAAGGAGGGAUUCACAGCUUUUUACCCAAGCAGUAAUAGGAUUUCUAACAGAAAAACAAGAAAAAAAUUGCUGACAGCAGCAGGGAUAAAAAGAAAUACACAAGUCAAAUUUACUGACUUCCCCUAGCAUUGCUAUCCCUUCUAGCAUUGUGCUCCUUCCCCAGAUUGCUGCUCGGGGACCUGCUUGAGUCUUCUAGGACACAACUGCCCACCCAGGUGAACACUCCUCCUUAAAAGGUGGCUCUAUCUACAAUUUCCUCUUCAUUCCUCCUCCUGUAUUCUUUUAAUCAACAUGCAUUCAGGAACAGCACCCGCUGGGAAGACGCUUGGUGGCAUCUCUACAACCUCCUUGUGUCAGGCCCACCGGUUUGCCUGGCCCUCCUGUAACAUCCUCCAUUCAUAUUCCAUGCUUAAACUUACCCAGCAGAGGUAAGGAAGAGCAUAUGGUCCAUCACUUAAUAUUAGAAAUUGUUCCAUCAAAUCCAAGAAGAGGCAUGAUUUUUUUCUUCUUCUCAAUCUAUGAAUUAUUUUUGCUUUAUAGUCUUCUACUAAAAGUUUGAAUUACUGAAGAUAAAACUAGAGAGGAUUUUUAGAGGCACAAUCUGGUUUCAUCUGUCAUUUUAACAGCCUGAUGAUGAUUUCAGGUACCUUCCAAGAGUGCUGUAAUUCCUCUAGCUAGAAGUAAUUUUUUUUUUUCCUUUCUGUAAAUAGGACCUCAGUACUACCCACUCGCAUGUAUCCUGCGGGGCAGGAAACCUGGAGGUCAGGGAAAUACUAAGACUUCAAUACCGUAGAUAUCUCCAGAUUGCAACAUAGGUCUCUCCAGAUCUCUAAAAAGGCCGAGCAAGUUUUCUACUCAACAUUAUUAACGGAAUGUUAUUAUUGCAGGGACAAACAAACAAAAGGCCUCAUUACUGUGAAUCUGUUUGGACUCUCUCUCAGCAGGUACUGUAAAACGG